UUCCAUGUCGCUAAUUUCCAUAAUUACACAGACGCUAAAAUCACAAUAUCCUCUGCCGGCAGAAAGGAGUAACCUACGUGAGCUUCCUCCUCCACCCAUAGCAGCGUCACACGAGGAGAAUGCCUGGUCGGGAGGGUGGAAGCGGCAUUUACAGGGAAAGAGAAAGGGACAGGGCGAAAGAGGACGAGUGGUCCGUGAAUGAAAAGAAAAGAGAAGGCUGUGCAGGUUGCGAGGAAGAGGUAGAAGAGGAGAAGGAGGCGGGAGGAAGCGGCUGGCUAGAGAUAAAGGUCCCCGGCUGGCAUAGACCUGCCAGCAAGAGCACGCCUCUCGACUCGAAUUUUGAAAGGCAGCCAACUCGGAAAAGUGGGUUUAAAAGUCUCUCGAUAAGUGCCGGCGUGAUGGCCCGACGGGUACUGCCGUCGCUUCCACCUACUGGCUGUUAGAAACAUUUCUGUUCAGCGUAAAAGCGGGUUGAUAUUCGCGAGUGCGGGAUCAUUCCCAGCUUCUCCAGCCGCUCUAAUCGCGCUCAACUUAGAAUUCGGUUCGCAAGAUGACCGCGACGGGGCAUCGAACCUCAGCAGAAAACUACACGGGCGAUCAUGCACGUCCGUACGCGAAAGCUUGAGGCUCAAUCGCCAUAGAGGAUAGCGGAACGAACCUUGCCAAAAAGUAUA